AUGGCGCAAAUUUCUAACGAGAUCACUGAGACUGUUCCAGAGCGGAUCGUCGCUAUGCCUUCAAAAUUCAUAGACGAAGAAACCGCCGACGAUCAAUCUGAGCUCGAAUUUCAACAGAAUGGAACCAGAACGCGUCGGCCUCUUCCUAUGAUGGUAGAUUGGCGCCGUGAGGUUUGUAACUUUCUGGACAUGUCUGAUACAUGCAGCGACCACGAUAUCAGAGAGCAGCUCGAGUUAGCAUCCGAGCGUUUGAGUGAAUACGAAUCAUUGAAACGUUUGGCAUUUGCAAAACAAGGACCCCCCAGAGUCCAAGUAAUCAAUCAAGUCGAGUGUCAGCGCAAUAAGGCUGAGCGAGGUCUUUAUCUUGACACACCUUGGGUGGUUGAGAGUGGCCCUCAACAAGCACACCUACGUUGCAGUAGAGUAAUUGAUAACUUGGAAUUAUAUCUCGAAAGAAACAAGGAGAUCACAUGCAUUAUCUACCGCGACUACAGUUGCUGUGGUCCUUUGCCCUUGGUUCGAAACUCUGACCAUCCGGAAGCUAUUCAUGGAGUAGUCGCAUCAUCUCUACGUGUCAGCGAGCAUGUUUCCAUAGUCUCAGAUGAGCUAAGAGAGGCUUGGGAAACACUUAUCGCCAACGACGUCGACCCAACGGAAGACAUCACUCACCCCGAGAAAAAGCAACACGAUAACCAGGAUACUCGACACCCAUAUCUCUGGUGGUUCCACCACCGCCAGGACGUCAAAUUAUGGAGUUCAGUACUUGAUCGAGAAUCCCAGAAACAGAUUCGGGUGUUCCAAUCUUAUCUGGAAGAAUCAUUGGGCGAUGAAUGGGCUAGGGUUGAUGAGCUUUCGGACCGCGCCAAGAUCACCACACAAUACCUGGACUACGUUUUUGCUCCUGGGCAGAUUGUGAUAUCGAGGUUGGGAGGUCCGACGGUCGCCCAGUCGAAAUCAUACACCGCAACAAGCUGGCCCAGAUUUAGAACAGUCGACGUCAGUCAUUGGAAGUUUGACGGCAACUUCCAGCGUUUCUUCGGUAGUAUUGAGAUAUCUCCGCCCUCUUCCACGACUGGCGAGUACCCAAUCAACUCCAUGUCUGUUUACCCGAUGCAAUACGCCACCGAAGAUGUCGUCCUGGCUCUUCGAGAGCGCGGUAAGACGUUUUGGAAAUGCCGCCGUCGUAACUACGUUUGCGUUCUUGGCACCUCUGACGACCAUAUUUAUGAUGUGUAUUCCGGCUCGAGAUUCAUGAUUGAUACUGCAACUUACAAGCAGAUGCACCCUCCUGGGAAUAACCAACUACCUCUACUGCCAUAUCAUGAUGAGCUCGGGCCCGAGGUAAUGUCUCAAGAUGACCCACCCAUAGAUCUAGGAGAUUCAUUUAUUAUGUGCUUGCCUACAUCUCUCAACGGCUUCAACAUGCAGAAAAAGGAAUGGGUCAAACUAGAAGUUGCCUACUUUCGGGACGUAGCAUGGAACGAAGAAGCUUUUGAUCUUUUGGUAAUGGAACCCAAGACAAAGGAGCUCGUCGAAGCUGUAGUCACGAACCAUAUCGAUGAUGAUAGAAAAACUGAUGUCAUCCAUGGAAAGGGAAAUGGACUUUUUAUUUUACUACAUGGUGGUCCGGGAACUGGCAAGACAUUGACCGCGGAAAGUGUCGCUGAGAUUACAAAGAAGCCUCUUUACAGAGUUACGUGCGGAGAUAUUGGCACGAAGGCUGAAGAGGUAGAAAGAUAUCUCGAGGUUGUUCUACUUCUCGGAAAGACAUGGGGUUGCGUUGUUCUUCUCGAUGAAGCCGACGUAUUCCUGGAACAGCGCAAACUUGAUAAUCUAGAUCGCAAUGCUUUGGUUUCUGUGUUUCUUAGGGUUUUGGAGUACUAUGAUGGGAUCCUGAUCCUCACGAGCAACAGAGUUGGAAUUUUCGAUGAAGCUUUCAAAUCUCGUAUACAACUCAAUCUGCGCUACGAGAACCUUGGCCAGCCUCAGAGGCGCCAAAUCUGGGAUAACUUCAUUAAUCGCCUGGAAAGACUUGAGUCUGAGCGUCUUAGGCAAGUUGAAAACCACACACUGACAGGCGUGAUAGGGGGACCGCAGUCAGCUCCAAGGUUUGGGGUGGACAUCGCAAGUAUACGUCAACAGAUCGAUGAGCUUUCAAAGCCAGCCUUGAACGGCCGCGAGAUCCGGAACACAAUCUCAACGGCAAGACAGCUGGCUACCUUUCGCAAACAGAAGUUGGCGUAUGAGCAUUUGGAGGCUUGUAUUGCCGAGUCGCACAAAUUUGAGCAGUAUAUCAAGUCUUUGAAGAGAGGCUUUUCAGCGGAUCAAAUCAAGAGUGACCAGCAGGAGAGAUGA